AACGCCGCUCAGUCCUCGCUAGCUUGCUGCUGGUGUCGAGCCUAGCUAGGGGAGAGAAACCGUGGGAGAAUGUAGAAUACGUCUGACAAAAAAGAAAUAAAGUUAAGGAUUGAUAAACAUCUGGCAACGUGGAAGAAAGAAACUGAACAGGUAUCACCAGCAACUUGGCAACAUCUCUUCUCUCCCCUGGCUCUCCAGUGUGUAAGGACACACAAUAUAUCAUAUCAUAUCAAAUCUUAAAGUCACCCAGUGCCUCUUCGACCUGAUAGUACAUCAUUCCCCCAUCUUCACCAGUGCUAAAACUAACACCAGCAGGACAGAAGAAAGUAAGAAACUCAAGUAAAGUGAUUUUUGAGUACAGUCAGAUACACCGCAGCUACCAAAGUUACCUGUCAAUACUUGGUGCCCCUAGAAUCCAACCUUACUUAGGCUUCUCAGAAGCCUAAACCUCAAAACUCUUGGUCAUUCAUCAGCAUUUCUCAGUUCCCUCAUCAAGUCAGUCCAUAAGAAAGCUGUAAGCAGCACUUAGCACCAUAAUGGCCUCCAUCACCCAGUCAUCCGAGCCUGAGAUCCCAGAUAACCACAAGGAGAGCUGGCUGGCACUACUUUCUGCUGCGGAAACGUACUGCCAAAAGUCUGGCUGUGACCUGGCUAUAAUUACAGCAUGCAAGAAGUUCCGGACAUCAGCUGGAGGCGGAGAUGGGAUGAGGAAACGGGAGAGCAGCAGUGCCUUUCCUAAGGAGUGUGAUUUCUCCUACAAUGUAUGGGGUCAGGGGUUCCUGGCUGAGUCAGCGCGCCGCUACAUGGACGACAUCGGCGUGCUGCACUCCACGACCAUGCUAACAACCCAAAAGCACACACGCCAGGCGGGGGGAGAGGGGGGAACCAAGCUAGUGGUUGAUCUGACCUCUGACCCCGGACACAGGGGGAGCUUUACAGGAGAUGGCGGCGUGGGCGGAGUCAGUCCGAAUAGCAGACUGUAUUCCCAAAGCUACCCAUCAAUCUACAGCUCAGGAGCUGUGACCGGGCAGGGCAACGGGCAGAACGGUAACGGAGAGAGGGAGCUGGAGAAGAGUGUUCUAGAGGCCGAACGAGGGAGACAGAGAUCUGGAAUUGUGGACUUGGAAGAGGAGUGUGAGGAUGAGGAAGAGGAGGAGGACAUGGAUGAGAGGAGGCCCUAUGGAAAUGAAAGUGCUGGUGUCUUCUCCAUGGACGAGGACUCGCUGUCUCGGGACUGCGAGCCAUUCUUUGAGUCUGACGGCGAGGAGGAGAGCACUGAUGGCUCUCUGAGUGAGGAUGCUCCUCCACCGACACGCGGCAUGGCCAUGGGUCAUGCUGCGUACUCGUCUCGUCAUGCCCAUUCCAUGGCUCUAGCCCGCUCGCUGCCUGUAACUGUGCCUGUGUGGGGCUGCAGAGGAAACAGAGCUCAAGGAGACAGCAACAGUGGAGAGCGGGUGGGCUGUGCUGACCUGGAGCACAUUGCUGCCAGCAUGAAGGCCCUGCUGGCCCCCGGAGCCACCGAUGGGACUGAAAUGUUUGGAGCCCUGCCUCGGCCCCGUCUCAACACAGGGGACUUCUCCCUCAAGCACUGAGAGGGAGAGAUAGAGUGAGGCAAUUGGAGAGAAAGAGAAAGAGAUAGAGGAAGAGAGUGAGGCUGUGAUGAUGUGAGGAGACCUGGAUUUGCUGGCAGACGUGACGUUCAGUAUGUGAAAACAGUGUAAAAGCUAGUACCUCCAUUUAUUUCUCACUAACCAAAAUUAACGGCACACGCUUUGAGGAAAAAGAAAUGUUGUUAUGAACACUAAUAACAUUUUCAACACUAUACCCCCACCUGGUCACUAAGUGUGUCACCAUACCAGCGACUACACAUCCUGCGACACUACAUUAGGAUUGGACCUCAAGACACGCGUGUAGUGCCCCACUGCACUGACCAACAAGGACACUAAAACAGGGUGUAUAGUAGUCUAAUGGCUAAUUGUCAAUCGUUACGCACCUUGUGUGCUGAUAAAGGUUUUGGGAAGUUUGACCGUUGGUGAAAUUACCUGUGAAGUGAGGAGAGUUUUGGGAGCAGCCAUCUGUACCUGGUUGAUCAUUGGCUCCAGGGCUGCACGCUAACGCUGUAGCAUGAUAUAUCAGCAUUAUUAUAAUGUGUAGUAGUGCUAAAGCUAAAUGCUACGUUACCUUAAAUGAUGUAUGGCUAAGUUUGGUCUGUCGUCUGUAACAUGACCUCAAAUUAGCUUUAAGGGAUACUUUAAUUUUACUGGAACACUUGACCUGGAAGAUGAUUAGCUUAGCUUAGCUUAGCAUAAACUUGAAGCAGAUGGAAACGGUGAGCAUGGCUCUCUCCAAAGUUCAAAAAUACAUCUGUGAACACCUCUAAAGCUCACUGAUUAGCAUGUUAUAUUAUUUGUGUCUAAUCAUUACAAGCACAGGAAGGUAAAAUUAUAUACUGUGUUUUUAGCGAGUUAUUUCCUGUCACUGUUUAUGCAUCCACACAGCCUCUCUGGCUGUAUGCUGCAUUCAAGUGAUGUUAGCAAACUGGGAAGACCAACAAAACUAACUAACUAAUUCUGAUGUUGGAUUGACUGCCCCAAAAAUACCCCAAAUUAGCUACUUUUUUAAAAAAAAGUUAUGUACUUGGAGCUAGUGCUGGGCAGUACGGAGAAAAUCAAAUAUGAUAUUUUUGACCGAAUACCUUGGUAUCGAUAUUACGGUGGUAUUGCUAGGUUGACUAUUGGUGCUAUCACAGAAUAUUUACACAAUAAAAUUUUGAGAAAUAAUUACCAGUACUGUGGAUAUAAUGACUUAGUGGGUGAAGGCAAAUAAUAGAACUAAUGCAACAGUCUGGUAAGUACAGAAAACUAAAUCACUUGCAGCCACAAAUGCAGCCUUUAUCCAAAAUCUCAGACGAUGUUUAGUCUCAUAUAGCAAUAUCGAUAUAUUGCCCAGCCCUACUUUGCACAGUUUGACUAUCGUAGCUGUGUAGCUUCUGUUAAAAUAAAUGAAUUUGUUGUAUGGUCAGUUUUACAUUUCAAUUUGUGCGCAGGUUAAACAGAAGAAAUAUAACUUGUUAGUGAGCUUUAAAAGGGCUGGUAGGUGUAUAUUUGAACUCCAGAGAGAGCCAGGCUAGCUGUUCAACUCUGCAUCUAGUCCCAAUGCUAAGCUAAGCUAACUAUCUUCCAGCUCUUACUCAUGGCCCUUCCAUUGGUCAGCUCUGCUGAAGGUUUAGCAUGAAGCACAACAGCCGGUGAUCUCCCACAACCACAUGGAUGUUUUCCCUCUAUGCUCCCAUUAUUUACAGGCCAAGUUGACCAACAGGCCAGUUGUUAAAGUUGUCCACCCCCCACUAAAAACACAAAAAACACCAACCUAUUCCUUUAAGGGGUAGAAACCAUAGAAAUGGUUGACUUAACAUGAAGCUUGUGGCUUUUCAAAAUGUGAGCGGAGGACACCAGCACCUCCUCAUAACAUGCCUAUUUGUACUUUUAUUUUUUUGCCAAUGAAUGACUGACUGAUAGAAUGAUUGUAAAUCAGUACUGAGUUAUAGGGGUUUUUUUGUUUUGUUUUUUUUUUGCUCCAGAUAUCUCGAAAUGACCGAAUGAAUGAGAAAGCGACUGUGUGAGAAAGAGAGAGAUAGCGAGAGAUGAUGAUUUGCAAGGAACAAAUGUCCAUCUCUGACAUUUCAAAAACAAAUAAAUGUUCUGUUCAGUACUUUUGUUUCAAAU